GUUACGUUUCAGUUUGACGUUGAAGUUUUAGUAGGAGUUAAGAACCCCGCUUUUAUCGGUUUAACUUAAAAAAAAAGGAUGACACUUCAUCCCGAUCGGACGGUACGUUGGCAGGAUGUAAAUUGAACUAUAAUCUCAAUGUGACAGUAGAGAAUGAAGUUCUUCGAUACUUUCGAUCGGACGGUACAUUGGGGGAUGUAAAUUGAACUAUAAUAUCAAUGUGACAGAUAGAGAGUGAAACUCCUGUAUACUUGUAGAGGUCCCACACAGUUUAACUUUUUAUUAAUCUGUUUUACCUCAUCCUACCCCGCCGUUCGAGACAUACCCUGAAUACUCCAUGUUCUCUUUGUCAGGAAGUGCACCAUAAUCAGUCUACAAGUUUCUUUCUUCUUUCUAUGAAGUAUAGCUAGUAGCUACAAAGGCAGACAUUGCCGCGGCGUCGUUUUACAGCUUCCUAGCUACCUAAUGCGAGCUCCUUGCUGCUCCGUACUUCGACCGCUCUCUCUCAUUUCCCCUUCUCUCGUCUCUCUUCAUUCAAUGACAUUAUGGAGCUCUUGAACCCGUGAUCCAUUAAAGCUCUCACGUUUCCGGAAUUAAGAUGCCAUACCACUAAGUUGAUAAACCACGAUUUCAAUAGAACGACAUGGAGCAAUAUGAAAUUCUUGAGCAGAUAGGAAAAGGGGCUUUUGGGUCUGCCCUUCUUGUGAGGCAUAAACUUGAGAAGAAAAAAUAUGUUUUGAAGAAAAUCCGUCUUGCUCGGCAAACAGACAGGACCCGUCGCAAUGCACACCAAGAGAUGGCCCUAAUUUCGAAAAUGAAAAAUCCAUUUGUUGUGGAGUACAAGGACUCCUGGGUGGAGAAGGGUUGCUAUGUGUGCAUAAUCAUUGGUUACUGUGAAGGUGGCGAUAUGGCUGAAGCAAUUAAAAAAGCUAAUUGUAUCCAUUUUUCUGAGGAGAAACUUUGCAGGUGGCUUGUUCAACUUUUAAUGGCUCUUGACUACUUACACAUGAAUCAUAUCCUUCAUCGAGAUGUCAAGUGUUCAAAUAUUUUUCUAACCAAAGAGCAAGACAUUCGCCUUGGUGAUUUUGGACUUGCCAAGAUGCUGAGCUCUGAUGAAUUAGCUUCAUCUAUUGUUGGAACUCCCAGUUAUAUGUGCCCUGAGCUUCUUGCUGACAUACCUUAUGGAUCUAAAUCAGAUGUAUGGUCUCUAGGAUGCUGCAUAUAUGAAAUGGCUGCACUUAAGCCUGCAUUCAAGGCAUUUGAUAUGCAAGCUCUAAUCAACAAAAUAAACAAGUCUAUAGUGGCACCUUUACCUACAAAAUAUUCUGGCCCAUUUCGUGGUCUUGUGAAGAGCAUGCUGCGGAAAAAUCCACACUUACGGCCCAGUGCUGCAGAGCUUCUUAAGCACCCACACCUCCAACCUCAUGUGAUUAACACUUAUCUUAAACUCAACAGUCCUCGGCGCAAUAGUUUACCAAAUUACUGGCCUGAUAAUGAUGUAAAGAAAUCCAGAUUUUCAGGUCCAGAACAUUUUCCUUGUUAUCAAGAUAAGAGAUCGUCAUAUGGCAAUGACAGAACAUUGAAUCCCAGUGUUUCUGGACCUGAUCAUGAUCAUUCAUUUUCUGCUCGAAAAUACUGCAAUACACCUAAUAGAAUGACUGCAUUAUCUACUGGAAGCACCGAAGGAGGAACAAUCACUAAGAAAGUUACUUCAAAGGUUUCAAAUGCAGUCAAGAACCCAAAAACUACUUUGUCAAAAAUGUCUACUCCGAAGAGACAAGAAUCAGCAUUGAAGCACAAUGAGCUGGUUCCUACUUCAAGAACUUUGGUGAAGAGAUCUGUUUCCACAUCUUGUAGAGCAUCUAUGCCCUUGACCACCAAAGCUGCUGUUCAAGAGGAACCACGCAGGGCCAGUCAUGGUGUCCUUGAUUGCUACAAAUCUCGUGAUAUUUCUGUUAAUGCCCCCCUAAUAGAUAAGAUGCUUGAGUUCCCUUUAGCCUCGUAUGAAGACCCUUUCCAUCCUAUCCGUAAAACUUCAUCAACCUCCGUGCAAGGUUCAUGUGGGUCGCCUGAAGGGAACUGUUCAAUUAUGAAAGAUAAAUGCACAGUCCAGACUUCUGACAACAAAUCUGAUAAACUGAGCUCCACUGGUGGCUGGCAAGGAUUUACAAACCCUAUGCUGGCAUUGGAUAGAGAGGAUGGAAGUGAUUGUUCCGAUCAAAAUGCAACUGCCGGUGCAUCCAGUCGAACAUCAUCAGACCAAAGGCGUCGGCGUUUUGACAUGUCCUCUUACAAACACAGAGCUGAAGCAUUAGAAGGUCUACUUGAAUUUAGUGCAAGGCUGAUGCAAGAUGAAAGGUUUGAAGAACUCGGUGUUUUACUAAAGCCAUUUGGGCCAGGGAAAGUAUCUCCUCGCGAAACUGCUAUAUGGUUGUCCAAGAGCUUUAAAGAAAACACUUGCAUACCUGAAGAGUAGUUCCUUUGAGCACCCAAAUGUCUGAGUAGUUUCUAUGAGUACUCAAGGUGUGUAAAGUAGUCUCUGCAUUUAAUAACAGUUUUAGGUUUUCAGAUAUUUGUAUUUUGUAUGCAAAAGCGAUUCUAGAACCUGUUGUUGUAGGUUAUGUAGAUUAGAACCCAUCCCAUUUAACUUCAUUGUGUCCUGGAAGUGCUGCCUAGCUGAGGAGGAACAAACUUAAUGUUGUUUUAGCAUCCUUAGGAGUUUUAAAGAACAUAAAAUUGAUGGUAGAUUUGGUUUUCUGUCUUUCCUUAUUGAACAAAAAGGGCUGCACACCAAAUUUGAGAAUGUGUACUUCUCGCUGAUUUGGAUGGCAUCAUUCAAACUGAUCAAGCGAGUAAAGGUGCAUACAUAAUAAUUACCCUACUUAGUCAAUA